AAUGUCAACCAACUAUGUGUUCGAUCUUUCCGAUCUUGAGAUAAACAGUUUAGCUACCUCUUUUAUAAAUGCCCUAAUGGUCAUUGACGAACAAAAAUGUCCAGAAGUCCGCACUAUUGAAAGUUUGAAACUCCACUACUACAUUGAUAAGUCCUAUAAAGGAAAUAUAUUACCUUAUAAUAAAGAGACUCAACACUUGUUACGUUUAGAAGAUGAUAAAAUCUUAUUACCUUCUCUUGCAAAUGAGAAUGACAUUGAUGAACAUGUUCAAAAAUUGAACAACAUCUCUGUUUCCGAGAGACAGAGUUAUAAUGCGGGAAUAACUAUUCAGUUG